UCCGUGGCUGUAUCCAAUGAGAGGUUGCAUUUGGUGAUGCCCACAUCUCGAAUCUCAGCCAACCCAUUUGCUUAAUCAUUGCAUCUCGGCCGUCCAAAUUCUAACCGAUAAAUUACGAAUGGUGAAAAGAAAAAUAGGAAAGGAGAAAAGAAAGGGGGUUUGUCUUGGUAUCGUCGCUAUUUAUCUCAUUAAAUAAAACGCGGAAAACUUUUCUCUGAGAGAGAGAGAGAGAGUGGGGUUUCGAAAACCACCCUGAAUUUGCAGGGGCAGUUGAGAGUUGGGGAGCUGCUGCUUCUUCUUCGACUCGAAGAUCGAGAACUUAGGAGAAGGCACGGAGAUGGGCUCGGAAGGAUCUAGGGUUGUGGUACCUAGAAAUUUCAGACUGCUUGAAGAACUUGAAAGGGGAGAAAAGGGUAUUGGCGAUGGGACUGUCAGCUAUGGGAUGGAUGAUGCUGAUGAUAUAUACAUGCGAUCAUGGACUGGAACCAUUAUUGGGCCUCCUGGCACUGUGCACGAAGGAAAGAUUUAUCAGUUGAAACUGUUCUGUGACAAAGAUUAUCCAGAUAGGCCUCCAACAGUCAGAUUCCAGACUCGAAUAAACAUGACCUGCGUUGAUCAAGAAACUGGAUUUGUCGACCCGAACCAAUUUACUGUUCUUGGGAAUUGGCAACGUGAAUGCACUAUGGAGGAUAUCCUGAUCCAUCUCAAGAAAGAAAUGGCAUUGCCUCAGAACAGGAAGCUUCUUCAACCAAUUGAAGGUAAUGAGGAUCAACGGGUUGAUCAGAAACACAUCGUUCUUAGGUGUUCCAUCCUCUAAGUGAUUUGUGCAUGUAAAUAUGUAGCUAAUGAACGGUGGGGCUGAUGAGGAUCUUUGUACAAGGUUCCUCUUCUUUCAGGAUUAUUUCGCUAAAGACAACUUCUGGUUAUUUUACAAAACAUUGGAGUUUGGGCCCUAGAAGUACGUGUGGGCAUGCAAUGUUGCAUUAUAAAUAAAAAUAUCAAAUGAAUCAUUCACGUUA